CGGGCGCCGGGCUAUGGGCCCGAGGCCGGGAGAGGGCCGGGAUGGUCUGCGGAGGACCCUCACCGCCUCCCGGACCCGGCAUUUCACCACCGUUCACCCAUGCGUGAAGCAAGAGACAGUGUAAUGGCAGAGAAGGCACCUGGGGGCAUUAGCCCCCUACAGCAGAUGGUGGCAUCAGGCACAGGGGCCCUCGUUACCUCCAUUUUCAUGACCCCACUGGAUGUGGUAAAAGUCCGACUACAGUCCCAGCGUCCUUCUCCCACUAGUGGGCUGGCACAAUCCCAGGGGUCCUGGAGCAUCCCCUACACUAAAUGGAGGUGUAUGCUUUACUGCAAUGGCAUCCUAGAGCCCCUCUAUCUGUGUCAGAAUGGCUCCCGAUGUGCUGUCUGGUACCAGCAUCCCACCUACUUCACUGGCACCAUGGAUGCCUUUGUGAAGAUUACUCGGCAUGAGGGUGCUAGGACCUUGUGGAGUGGCCUCCCUGCGACUCUAGUAAUGACAGUGCCUGCCACCGCUAUAUACUUUACCACCUAUGACCAGCUCAAGGCUCUCCUGUGCAGCCGAACUGUGACUUCUGACCUCUAUGCGCCCAUGGUGGCAGGGGCUAUGGCCCGACUGGGUACUGUGACUGUGAUCAGCCCCCUGGAAUUGGUGAGAACAAAGCUUCAGGCUCAGCAUCUGUCCUACCGUGAACUUGGGGCCUGUGUCCGGGCAGCCGUGUCCCAGGGUGGCUGGCGCUCUCUGUGGCUUGGCUGGGGUGCCACUGCAUUGAGGGAUGUGCCUUUCUCAGCCCUGUACUGGUUUAACUAUGAGUUAGUGAAGACAUGGCUUUGUAAGAUGGCAGCCAAGGACCGAACUUCAGUCGGCAUCAGCUUUGUGUCUGGAGCCUUCUCAGGAACAGUGGCUGCUGUGCUCACACUGCCUUUCGAUGUGGUGAAAACUCAGCGUCAGAUGGAGCUGGGAAGUGUGGGAGCCUUGAGAGUGACAUCCCCACGCUCCACUUCCACCUGGCUGCUGCUCCGGCGGAUUCAGGCUGAAUCUGGGGCCAGAGGACUCUUUGCAGGCUUCCUCCCAUGGAUCAUCAAGGCAGCCCCCUCCUGUGCCAUUAUGAUCAGCACCUACGAAUUUAGCAAAAAUUUUUUCCAGAGAUUGAACCUGGAAAAAUGCCCCCGGGGAUCCUGAGGGGAGAGUGGGAGAGAAGUGGAAGAUACCAGUCUCCUGAGGAAACCAGCUCUGGCUCUCCAAUGGGAGAGGAGACUUACACAAACUUUCCUUAACCUGGGGGCGGUUGGUAGGGCAGGGCAUCACCCUCUCAUCUUAUGUCCGAGAGAGUGAGAUGCCCACUCUGCCCCUCCCUCCUACCUGACAAUACUAGGGCACCAUGCAGGGAACAAAACUCCCCUCUUUCUCCAUACAAAUAUUUUCUCCUUUCCUACAGACCAAAUGCACCUAGCUCUUGUUUCCUCUUGUUGGCCCCUUGUUUUUUCCUCUGGACAUUACCCCACCCCCUGGUCCUGCUUUGUCUCAAUCUGCCCCUUGUUGAAUCCUUUGGAUCCAAAGAUGAA